AUUUUCAAGUCUUUCAGCUGUAAGUCUUGGCCGGGGUGAAAGGUUUGGACGCCGGUGGACUAUGUGGGAACUGUAGUAAAGCGCUCUUCUGAAGGGCAUUAUGAAAACCAAAUAUCUGUAUUUUCGUACAUUAAUCGGAACGGCACGUCUUUGUAAAAACAAGCGGUUCAUUUCAGAGGGAUUCAACACAUCAGCAGCUGAAGCGUGAUGCAUCCAGAGCGGCGCAGGACAAGCGUUGCCCUGCAGAGACGACUGGCAGAUUCAGCCCCUCAGGGCACGCUGAGCACCGGCCAACUGCAGGGCUUCAUCCAGCGUGCCAGGCCUCCUUUCUUCUGCUUUCUGCUCCCCAGGGUUCACGCAGCUGAUGUGGCUGCUGCCCAGCCUGCACAGAUGCCCUCUUCCUCCUCCUCAUCAUCCUCUUCCUUCACCAGUACUGCUCCUGUAGCUAUCCCUUCGUCCAGCAGCCUCCCGAAAAACAUCGGGAAGCCAGAAUUCCCGAGCACGGGAUGGGAGCGCAUCAAAGAUCUCUUUGACAGAGAUGUGACUCAGAAAUACCCAGAGGAGAUCACCAAUGUUGUAAACAGCGGUGCUCUCGGUGCACUUGCAGGCUUUGUCUAUGGGGGCUUGCCAGCAGCUCGCCACGCCAGGGAGAGAUAUAUCCAAGUCAGCCAGGCAGAAUUAUACACUAAUCGUGUGGACGCAGUGCGCUCAGCACACAAUGCAGCUAUCCGGGGGUUUAUAAGAUAUGGAUGGAGAUGGAGCUGGAGAGUGGCUGUGAUAGUUACCUUGUUCAGUUCUGUGAGCACGGGACUCUCCGUGUACCAAGACAAAGACGCAGUCAGCCAGUAUGUUGCAGCUGGAGCUGUGACUGUAGGCCUUUUCAGACUGAACCUGGGCCUGAGAGGGCUGGUAGCGGGCUCGGUGAUCGGAGCAGUGCUGGGGAUUCCGGUUGGUGCUCUGGUCAUUGCCUUGCAGUCCCUGACUGGAGAGACGAUCCGAGAGAGGCGCAGGAGAGAGCGCAGGGAACUGUAUGAGCACAAGCUUGCAGAAUGGACAGCCCGUUUGCAGUUGACGGAUGAGCUGAUUUCCAACUUGAAUGUGAGCUCUCAGGUGGAGGAAACCAAUAAGGACAUGCAGAGGAUCCAGGAACUGCUCAGUCUACCACAGAAUGAGAAUGAGGAUGUAGUCAAAGACUCAAGUGGACAGUGAGCAUGGCUGCCUUCACUGUCUGCUAUCUGUUGGAAUCUGGAAAAUACAAACGUUCUCUUACUGAAUGGAAACCGAUUCAGAUGAAUUCAUGAUGCUGUUGUACAAGAAAAGUAGGUCCAACGAAGAGCUCACCUAAAUGUGACAUGGGAUACAGGAAAAGGAUUUUAAGACUUUCAAAUAUUCAGUAUCUGAUUUGUGCCACUUAGUCCACAUUGGUGUUGUAAAGGUUAAGGUGGACUUGAUGUGAUGCUUCUGUGUACUUUUAAUACUGAAGUUGACUGACACAGUAUGUCCCGUGGUUGAAAUCACAAAGUCAGCAUUGUUGGUCGUACAACUUAUUAAAACCACAUGAAAGAAAGAAAGAAAGAAACAGACUCCUCUCCAAACCAAUAAAUAUCAAUUCAUGCUACAAAACAC